AUGAAGUCGCGGGUGGCUCUCAUAGCAGCCUUGAGCUGGUCGGUUGAUGCCAGAAGUGCCGUUGAGCCCCAUGUCAAGCGCCUCAACAAUGGACUAGGUCUGAAACCCGCACUGGGCUGGAAUAGUUGGAAUGCCGGCCAGUGCAGCGCUGCAAGCGCACAAUUCGCUCUCGACACGGCGAACAAGUUCAUCUCUCUCGGCCUAAAAGAUCUCGGCUACGAGUACAUCAAUAUCGAUGACUGCUGGAGCACCAAGUCGCGCAACGCCACUGGUCAUCUUGUCCCGGACCCGGGCAAAUGGCCCAACGGCAUCAAGGCGGUGGCCGAUCAGAUCCAUGCCAUGGGCCUCAAGUUCGGCCUGUACGGCUGCGCCGGUACUCUGACGUGCGCGGGCUAUCCUGGAUCCGAGGGACACGAACUGCAAGAUGCGCAGACGCUGGCGAGCUGGGGUGUGGACUACUGGAAGUACGACAACUGCUACACGCCAUGCAACGGCGGGAGGGUACAGACGUGUCAAUCACCGCAGGGAAAUACGCGGACAUGGAUGACGACCAUGGGAACUGCGCUCGAGAAAAGCGGGAGGAAGAUUUUCUAUAGCCUUUGCCAGUGGGGGAGGGACAACGUUUGGACGUGGGGAGCCAGUGUUGGCAAUUCUUGGAGGAUGAGUGUCGACAAUUGGAACGAUUGGGCCAGCGUUGUCAGGAUCGCAAGCGCUGCGGCGGGAAUGAGCCAGUACGCGGGUCCGGGAGGGUUCAACGACCUGGACAUGAUGCAACUCGGUAAUGGAAAGCUAACUGCGGCUGAGGAGAGGACCCACUUUGGGCUGUGGGCUAUGUGCAAGUCUCCAAUCAUUUUGGGGAACGACCUGAGGAAGGUAUCGAGCGCAACGCUGGCUAUCAUAAAGAAUGCGGACCUCCUUGCCGUCAAUCAAGACUCUCUCGGGAAAGCCGCCACAACCUUCCAGCCACCCGGUGCACCGAAGCCCGUCUCUGGCCAGAUUUACCCUUACUGGGCAGGGCCAUUGAGUGAUGGCGUAGUGAUUGGGUUGGUUGCUGCCUCUGGGGCGGCUACGCUUUCUGUGAAUUUCAAGGACGUGCCUGGACUCGGUUCUCAGAGCUAUUCUUGGAAGGAACUUUACACCGGCAAGACUGGCACGGGCACAAAUAUCUCUUUCAGCCUGAGCUCACACGAUAUGGCCGUUGUCAAGGUGAAAACGAAGUGAGUGCAGUCGCUGCCACUCCUUUCGUCGCAGAAAAUGUUCAGAAAUAACAACGGGGGAUAAAAUGAGGUGUAAGAGAAGAUCAAGUCAAUCCGGGUUUAUGACCUAAGGGUGUUGAAGAAGCUACUAGCAAACUCAAACAAUGAAAACAAAGUCACGAUCAUCUUGACCUUCGUAUGGAACGUUGUUACGAUG